UGUUUGGCUGUGUUCAACAACAAGCUCGAAUCUGAAGAAAAAUGAACGAGAGACAGCACGAGCUGUAUUACAAAGUCAAGAAUAAGAGUGGGGCGCUCAGUCUGGAUGGGAGCUUUAUUGGCGAUGCAGAUACGCAGGUGAUUGCUGAGGCCCUCAGGGUGAACACGACGCUGACGAUGCUCCAUCUGAACCGGAAUGAGAUUGGCGAUGCUGGCGCUCAUGCUCUUGCUGAGGCACUCAAAGUGAACUGGGCGCUGACUUGGCUGUGCCUGAGUGAGAAUCACAUUGGCGAUGUUGGAGCGCAAGGGAUUGCUGAGGCACUCAGAGUGAACAGGAGGCUGACUCACCUUUAUAUUGACAAAAACCUCUUGACAAGCGCUGGAAUCACUGCGCUCAACCAAACAGGAAAUACCAUUUGUACUCUGUACCUUGCCGACCAGUAUGAUAUAUCGCCUGCCGAAUUGGCUCAGAUUGCAGCUCGUGCAGCAGCGAUCGCUCGUGAAUCCGAGAUGCAAUACUUGCGCUUCGAGCUCGCUGCCAAAGACGACAGGCUCUCUGCCAAAGACGAGGAGCUCGCUUUGAAAGACCAAGAGCUCGCUUUGAAAGACCAGGAACUUGCUACCAAAGACCAGGAGCUCGCUGCCAAAAAUCAAGAGCUUGCUACCAAAGACCAGGAACUUGCUACCAAAGACCAGGAGCUCGAUGCCAAAGACCAGGCGCUUGCAACCAAAGAAUGGGAGCUCGCUGCCAGAGUUCAAGAGCUCGAUGCCAAAGAAUCGGAGCUUGCUAUCAAAGACAAGGAGCUCGCUGCCAAAAAUCAAGAGCUUGCUGCCAAAGACCAGGAGGUUGCUUCCAAAAAUCAAGAGCUUGCUACCAAAGACCAGGAGGUUGCUUCCAAAAAUCAGGAGCUCGCUUUGAAAGACCAGGAGCUCGCUGCCAAAAUUCAAGAGCUUACUACCAAAGACCAGGAGCUUGCGACCAAAGAUCAAGAGCUACAACAACUUCGCUCCGAUUUGCAGUCAGCUCUUGAUCAGAUCGACGUACUUGAACAACCAGACAUUGGAUUCACAUCCAAAUUUGACGAACCCAUCCCGCAAGUGCCUCUUGCAACUCUUGUCGCCGCCACAAACAAUUUCGCCUCUGACUCUCUGCUUGGCGCAGGAGCGUUUGGUCGCGUGUACGGCGCCAGUUUGUCUGGCCGUCGUGUGGCUAUCAAAAAGCUGUCGGCUGAAUCCAAGCAGGGCACGGUCGAAUUCAAGUCGGAACUGGAUUCUUUGUCGAAAUUCCGUCACGCCAACAUUAUUGCCAUUCUGUCCUAUGCAGAAGAAGGCGACGAGCGAUGCCUUGUUUACGAAUUCAUGCCCAACGGCUCUGUUCGCGAUCGCCUGAAUCGGAAGCACAACACCCCUCCGCUGACCUGGUCUCAGCGCCAUCGCAUUGCGGCUGAUGUUGCCCGCGGCAUGCACUACGUUCAAACAGCCUUCCCUGACCAUGCACUGUUCCAUCUGGACCUCAAGACGGACAACGUUCUCCUGGACGAGCAUUUCAAUGCAAAAGUGUCGGACUUUGGUCUUGUCCGCGCUGCCAAACACCUCGAUGAGCAAAGCUACCUUCGUACGCAUAGCAUGCAAGGCACAGCUCCUUACAUGUGUCCGGAGUUCUUAGAGGAAGGGCGCAUGACCAUCAAGACGGAUGUCUACGCCUUCGGCAUGAUUCUGCUUGAAUUGGUGACUGCCACCAAACCCGGCGCUCGGCUGAAAAAAGAUGCGCGAAAUGCUGCGAAAAGCCAGAACGCACUUGGCAUGCUGGACUCGGCGCUCACAGCCACCGAAGCAGAGCGGGAGAGCGUCGGCAAUCUUGUUGCUCUGGCUCUCGAGUGUCUUGACGAAGAAGCGAACGAGCGCCCGUCGUUUGGCACCCUCGUUGUUGCAUUGGAUCCUUGAUGACAGGCGGACGUCCUCCAAGUUGAUGUUUCAGUUCUGAGUUCGAGUGCUGCAUGUUGAUUCUGCUCCGUCAUUCUUCUAUUAGUCCAUCUCCAUAGUUUUCGAAGAAGCAUCAUGUUCGUGCAAGCCUAUCCAAGGUUUUGCUGUCUGUUGCUGUGAUCGUUGAAUACAAGAUCAGUUGCCUGCUACAUGGCAGGUUGCUUGGCUUGGGAGCAGAAGAUUCGAAAUAAAUAAUGCAUUAACUUAGAG